UAUUGCUUGUUAAUGAAGUGGACAAAAAAUUAGGAACCCAUUUAGAUUUAACACACUCCAGCUCACCCAUUAUACAAUAGAUUGGAAGAGCAUUCAGAUUGCAUGUCUUUACAGUUUACCUGCAGUAAGAGAUAUCAGGGGGCACUUUUAAUUAAAUGUUGGAAAGGCAUCCAGGAGGGCCCCUUUUCAUUUUUCAAAGUAAGAGAAUACAGAGAGCACUUUUUUUGCAUUAAAUAAUAUGAAACAUAAAAAAGCCCCCCUCCGUUGUACAGUUGUACUUUAAUAUAAACACUAAAAGGCCACUUAGGGUAUUUUUAAAUAUCUUAUUAGACUACCAAAACACUCUGUCAUGUUAGACCUGCAAAUUUGGCGGUUUUUCUUGCAGUUUCCACAGACAGGGCAGGGUGUAUUAUGAUGCCCAGCUGUUGAUAAUGAUAUAGCUGGCCGGUUUAUUUCGCCAGCCUUUUUAACGCUGAUAUGGACUCCUGCGCUCUGCACAAAGUUUAAUUUCUAGGUCUGCAAGAUCAGGGCCCUCUGAUUGGCUAAGAGGAACAAGUGUACAACACGUAAACUGACGUCAAUUUACAAAGACGAAUGAUGUGGCAAAAAUCAAAGGGCGAUUGAAAAAAAUAGUUCCAGUGUUAUAUUUGUCCUUUUUCAGUUUUGAGCUGCAUCAAUAUGUAGAUGUUUUGUGUUUUGAAGUAAACAUUGUACUCUUGAAAUACAACAUUAAAUAUGUAAUUAUACACUCCGUUCUGUUGUUAUAAGGAAAGAGUGAGUGCGUAUCCCUCCGCCUCAUUGAGCAAACUUCCAUUUCCGGGAUGUUUCUCCGCUGAACAGUUUCCUCCGCCAUUGCAGGUCCGGAGAGUCGGUGUAGAGUCAGUCGGUCGGUCGUUAGCCGGGGGACGACAGAAGAAGAGCCGCUUCAGGACGAACAGAGAAGUACCAUCACACCGACAGCACGAUCUUCAGGAGGCUUUGAGGCUUUAAUUAAUUUGGACUUUAGAUUAGAGGCUCCCUGGCUGUGCUGUCUGUCGGAUCUGAGAGAAGAAGAAGAAGCCGUAGUUAGUCCGCGUCAGGAGAAACCGGAGGAGAGAGAGGAACCGCCAUGGCUCAGAUCCUGCCGAUUCGCUUCCAGGAGCACCUGCAGGUAAACGGAUGAAUGGAUGUCGAAAUUGUUGCCCUAAGUUUGUAUUCCAGUCGUGAUAACUACGAGAUUUUCGGCAGCUACAGAAACUCUUGACACCAAGGCUGCUAGCAAGCUAAGUUAGCUUACCUCAGCUAUGCUAACUAGCUUGACAGGGCGGAUGACGUUUAUCUUAGUUAGCAUCUAGCAUCGUUGCUAACACUCUGGCCACGGCCACCCACACUUGUUCGUUAAAUAAAUCAGAAUAAUCCGCAAAUGACACUCUAAUGGAGAUUGGAAUUCACACUUUUGAUAAAUGUUAGUGUUUCACCGGUUCAAUAUUUAUCUUAUGGUGAGUACAGACGCCGAAAUAGUCUUUAAUUGUCCUGUAGUAAUACACAUAACAGGCAUGAAGUUAUCAUACGGACGGUUACUGUUCAUAUGACUGUUCAUAAGGUCAACUGAUAAUGGAUUGAUCAUUGUUUAUCAUCUUAUAGCCUGACAUUAUCAAAUACUAUCAUAUAUUUAAGUAGCUAUCACAUAGUUACAGCUUAUAAGAAAGAGUAGAUUUUUAAUUGUAAGCCUCAGUUAACAUGGAUGAUUGGCGUUGACAGGUACGGAAGCCUUUUGUGGACAAGCAUUCAGACAUUUUAAUGACUUAGUUUUCCCAGUUAAUCCCAGUUUCCAGAUCAUUUUAGCUGUUUUUGAGUUUAGUUAAGUUUUGAUUGAUUCUUUGUUUCAGAUUAUUUCACUUCUCACUCCAGAUCAGGUCAUUUCUCCUUUAUUGUGAUUGAACUAUUUUGUAAAGAAGUGUUUGAUAGAUAUGUAAACAGUAGAUAUUAGCCUACUUUAGUUGUUGGGGCAUUUAUGCUUUCUUACGUUAACUGUCAAAUGUGACAAGGAAUUUUUCACUUUCAUUCAUAAAAAUUAGUGGUCCAACAGAUCAUGAAUCUCUUUGGUUCUGUUUUGGUAUGACAAGAGCUGUGCAUUUUAACACCAUUACAAAUCACGACAAACCUGGACUUCUUUUUCUUGAUAAAGUGAUUUAAAAAAUCUGAGUAUAAAAGACUGGAAUAUAAAAAGUGGAUAACUUGGGUAACCAAAUCAGGGACAUCAGCUUUACAAGCAGAAACCAGAAGCAUGUUGGUGAAUAAUAACUUGUAUCAUACACACAUUGAUUAUCUGAAGAUGUGUGUGUGUCUUUGCAUGCUACUGCCUCAGCAUGUGCUGUAUAUAGAGCAUGCAUUUACUACUAGAUCAUAUGUUUUUGACUGAAAGCAGCACAGUUUAAUGGAGUGUAUUUGGGCAAGUUUACAGCAACAGACCACAGUAAGCUGCACUGUAACUAACAAUAAAUUGCUGAUUGUUGUUAAACACCACCUGAUACCUGCAUAGAAAAUGCAAACAUAGUGAAGUGACGCAGAGAAAAGUCAAAGGCUGGUUAGAAUACCUAAACAUAACGAAUAAUGGAUGCUUUACAACCUGUUUCCAUCUUGAAGUUUAUAAAGAACUUGUAUUAUUUUGUCAGCAGCCAUCUAUAUUGUUCACAUACUACUUAAACAUUUCACUUUUUUACAUUUUCCAUCAAUCUGCAGUUCGUAUAUAGCCAAACUGUGGGAAGUGAUCUGAACUUAUCCCAGAUCACUGCAGCCCAUGACACCACUUAUAGAAAGAAGCACUACUAAUUCUUAUUAAAAUAGAUCAAAAAGAACAACAUAGAAGACAGAUGUAAAUUUAAAUUUGUGUUUAAACAAAUGCUUUUUCACAUUGGAUGUGCUUGCUCCCUUGUAUGAAGUAUCUUGCUGCUUAGGGGGCACUUCGCUGUGCCGUUAUCCUUUUCAAUGAAGCUUAUCCAGACUUAAAAGUCCUUGCUGUGGUCAGCCGCGAUCCUGUUCUCACAACUUUGUUGACAUUCCCCAUCACAAAUGACGUAAUGUUACCGUCGGACUGCAAAACUCUCACUGAGGUUUAAUCCUGAAAGAUUCAUGUUGCUGUUAAGAGCCAAAAAACAGGAACCUAAAAUUCACAUGCUGCAAGGAAUCAAUAAAUCAGAAACAUAGCGCUUGUUCGUACAACUCCUGAUUAGACUUCUUGAUUGGUUACAAAAGACUCAAAUGAACACUAAAGCGUGUGUACGAUGUAAAAGUAAAUGAGACCACUGAUGACAGUAUUCACAAUUUCAGUAUUUUAAUUUUAAUACCUGUACUUGCUGUUAGGGGAAAUUUACGCUAAAGAAACAGCCAUAGUUACUUUUCCUUGACGCAAAUAUUUAUGGCGAGUCAUACAUUUUACUGUAAAAAGACAAAAGGAGGAGAUUUCUUUGUUAAUCAACUCUACAAUCACAAGGAUGAGACCAAAUCAGCUACAAUAUAAGAAUUCCCACUUUGUCCACAGGGGGCACCAACAUCAACAGAGACAGAAAGUUCCUCACAGGAGCUUUAAACAAACACAGAUGUGAGUUAGCUUACUUCGUCAGUAUGGGCAAUGACAGCAUGGCAUUCUGCUGUCUGGUCUUUCACAGUGACAAAGACAUUUUCUAGAUCACCUAAAAGUAUCCCAUCAUCGUAAGAGACAAUGUAUAAAGAAUUUAAACGACAAAACAAGACUUUACUUAUCUGGAAAAACAAAGGUAAUAAUGUUUUUAGUUGCAUGUCCCCCUCAGGCUUCUGUAGAAAUGUAAAGUUGGCAUAACCCUAUAAUUUGACAGUGAUUACCUGAGCUCAGCAGGAUAUCACGUUGGCUGGUUGUAGAAAUGGUCAUGUGGUCUGUUGGCUCGUACAGUGACUGUGUAAAACUUGGCUGCUGCUCAAAAAUGUACUGAGAAAGACUUCUGAUCCUGUUUGUGAGGCAAACCCUCCCUUUGAUAUGGCUGAACUAGAGCUGACUUUACACAUUUACAAAAAGCACUAAACAAGCAGGUGCUGUCCUGGAUUGUGCUGCCCUGUGUACUAUCUAGACUGAGCUUUCCUCUUGGUUUAAAGGACCACACCUUUACUACAAUCUCAAUUAAACUGCCACUAGGACAGGUUGAGGAAGUGGAAUCUCUCCAAGCUUAUGGAUUAAGUCUGCAGUGCUGACUGUCAGGAUGUAAUGAAUAAAUGAUAGUGACUUUUGGUGUGGCAGUGUAGCUUUAAAUGAGAAAUGUGAUCUAGCUACCUGCAACUUAGAGAAAAUCAUUUGUUUAUUCACCUUGUUUUUUGUUUUGUUUUCUUGCCUGGCAUUGGCACAGAACAUUCCGGGUUUCACAGUCUUACCGACUCACUAUUUACUCUUUGCCUUAAUGCAGAUAAUAAAGAAAUGAUAAAAGUGAUACCUUUUGACUUAGAUGCAGAUAGUAACCUUUGAUCAGGGUCUGAAACAAAGCGUAGCUAUCACUGUGGCAGGUGAUUUAAUGUUUCUACUGCUCUCAGCCUUUUUAAAAAAUGUUAUUUGGAAAUAAGUACAAACCUGAAGUUCGAUAGUAGACAUGUGGAAAGUAUUAUAAAGCUUUAAUCCUAAUAUUUGUCAGUGUAAUAAACCCGUCUGACAAAGUCUAAGGUGACCUAAAUUUCUCACCUGCCACAAGCCAACAUUCACCCCACAUUUGGCAGGUGGUGGCAGGUGCUUAUUUAAUUCCCUGCCUGUGAUCCAGGCUGUUCUUGUUGCCUCCUCUUGAUUUUCUUACUUUCCUAAGGGCUGUCUCUCUGCCCAACAGUGGGUUAUAAUCACACUGUUUUGAAAUUGAUCACUGGAAAGAGGUCAGAGGUCAGGGUCAGUUCCAUCAUGGGAGUUGACCAUGACUUUCAGUGGCAGAGUAAAUGUUUGAGCUCAGGCGUCCUUGCCUUAGGAAUAUUACCCUGCUUCAAGGAAAAAAGUCACGUUACUUAUCAGAAAAGUAAAGAUCAGGUGGAUGUUGUUCUCAGAUUGUCAUUUGUGUUUGCUUUAAUUGAGUCAAGAAGAAAAAUGCUACCAUCCCUUAUAGUUUGUACAAGCAUUUACCAGUUUGUGCAGUAAGUAGUUUAUAUAUAGCAUAUCCUAAUUGAUUGUAUAGUGACUGAGCUGUGCAACAAAGCCAUGCAAAGCUCUGUUGUGAAUGCAGUGACAAAGAAAUAUUUGUGGAAUGAGCUUUGACUCCUUUGUUAGGUCGUCUUGAGUGCAGUAAUAAUGGGAGUGUGAAGGGAGCAGAACAGAGGAGGCGAAUAACUGUCUCUAUAAUGGUUUGAAUUGAGCUGAUCUAUAUUUAUAUAAAACAACUGGAUUAGCAUCAUUCAUAUUUUGUGCAGUUCUGCUGUCUUUUGUCAUUGACAGAAGCUGCCAGUGACUGAAUUUUGCUCUCCAUUAUGUGUGUCAUUGCCACUUCACAAGGUCAUUUCGUGUGACUAAGCAACUCCCAAGGGAUCUCCAGCAACUAUCACUAAUGCAUGACCUGCAUAUGCUGUUUCAUACAUGUUUCACAGCAUGCAUCACUUGAGCAGAUCAUGCAGAAUAUUAAAAUCCACAGUUCGAUUAUUUGGGACAGUUAACCUCAAUGAUUUAAUUUGUGUUCCCAUUUUGCAGUUGCUUCUUUCUGAAUGGUUUGUCCCAAAGUGUAAGGCAGUUCUAUCCUGCUUGCUGUCUAUUUGUCAACUACUACAUGAUGCAACAAAGGAGGAGGGGCUUCUGCUGGCUUUUUGACACAGUGAUAGACACAAAAGAGACACUGGUUCCAAGGGAGAUGAUCUUGACGUUGGUGUUAAUUCAGCUUAAGUGCUGUCAGGAUUCUCUCACGCAGCUAUUGCAGCUUUCAGUCAACAGUUUAACCAGCCUGGUUUGCCUUGCAACUUAAAAGUUAACCUUGAUUGAUUACUGUGAUUUCAAGCAGACCGCCCAGCUAGCGGCAAACAUGAAAUCAGUGAGACGACUAUGCAAUCAUUUGAACCAAUGCAGUCAUUUCAUAGUGAAUAUUCAUUUUAAAAGCAUUCAUAAACAAAAGGCCUUACUGUGAGGGACUGACUGCACCCUUAUAGAGGGAUGUGAUCAAUUGGCAACACUAGUCUUAUCACAUAAAAAAAAAAAACACUUUAGAGUUUGACUCCAGGCAGUUUGGAUCAGAGGCAUCAUCGAACUUUGUGAUUCAUUUGAGCAAAUUUUCUGCCUUGCAAAAGCAACUCAAAAAUCUUGAGUUUGCACACAGUAAUGAUGCUUGUAAACACAAUUUUAUGAGGAAAAACAGGAAUUCCCCUUUAUGCUUUACUUUGAAUGUUAAUAUGGAUAAUAUCUACGUGUUAUCUUUUAUAGGAGUGUUUUUUUUUCAAUAACAGCUGGAGUCAGUAAACUGAACAAUCAUAUAUUGUUCUUCUCAGUUGUUUAAUUUAGAUUUUUUUUUGCCACAUUGAAAAUUGUUUAAAGCAUUGCCAAGCAUUGAAAAAGUAAAGACUACCUACCUAGUGAACUUUUUUUUAAAGAGCUUACAUGCAUGGUUCAUCAGGAAACAUUUUUAUCAGGAUUAGAUCCUUCCGGACCAAAUAUAAGGAGCUAACCUGCAGAGACAGCUGUUGCUCAAAAGCAAGCCUUUACUCCUAAUCUGUGCUUUCUGUCUCCCAGUCCUUCUGCCUUCCUCUCUCUCCCUCUGUUCUCUGUCAUCCGCUUGACUUGCAUGGCUUGCAUAUUUAUAUGUCAGCCAUUUAUAUAGUGUAGUGAAAAGUCAAGUUAACAGAACUAUUAUUGCACAAGUGUCAAGUAACAGCUCUGGAACCAUUUCCUUACAUCUUUUGCCCACACAAGAAUACAUUUAGUUUAUCGUGAAUUUCACCUCUUUUAUUUAUACUAGGAUAAUAAAAAAAUAGAGAUGUUUAUGAAUGAUUCUUUGCUACCAAUAUCAGAACCUACUACCAAGAAACUUUUCAGUGCCAUGGUCCUGCAUGAUCAGAAUCUGUUAUCUGUUGAAGACUGGUCCUUGAUACCUGGGUGUGUUCUCUCUGUGAUCAUUGAAAGUGAAUCCUAUGUUUUUUUAUAGAGCCUAGUAAUUGUUGAAAAAGCCAUCUCUUGCAAAUAUUUAAUAAACAGGGUUUGGCAAGCCAGUUUUUCUCCUAGUUAGAAAGAAUAUUGACGAUUUUUUUUGGGGAAAAAAAGGACCUAAACCUAUGCAUCAUUAUGUUUCUUUAAAUAAACUUUAAUGAUUCAUAAAUAUUCACAGAUUUACUAUACAAAGCAUGCCAUCAGUUCAGGCUAUGCAAACUUGAUUAAAUAGCAAAGAACAGUUUUGUUGAAUGAAUUUAAGCAUCCUUAGACCCCCAGUGUUUUUUAAAUUUCAAAUAUUUUGCUAAUCAAAGAGAACAAAAGGAAUAGCUUGCCACACAAAGACGAAUUUCCCCAGUUACAUUUUAAUUGAAGGUUCACUGAGCUGCAUGGGAUUAAUAAACAAGUGUUUCCUUUUCAAGAAAACAAAAGUGACUGAUUUUCUCUGAAUACUAAUAUAAGGGAAAGUGUAUUUGGUAUUCAUGUUAAGAUAUGCGUGAAGUUUUGAAUUAGAUGUUAGUAACUUGAGAAGUGAUUUUCUUUCUUUAAUAUUUGAAAACAUAUACAAAACACUCUGUCUGUAAAUGCGGGUAAUUUGGAUUCAUUUGCAGGAGUAUUUUAUCUUUGCUGUUCCCAAUGUGGGAGCAGCGUUUGUUCAUUGUGCCAUGCUCUUUAAAUAUCACCUUUCAAGUUUGCAUUGUGCACUUUGAUCUGGGCUAGUAACUGAGCAGCUGAUAUCUCGUGACAGGCUGCUGAGAAUACAAACCUGCUGAACGCUUGACAUUCUGCACUCCUGUCUAAAUGCAAGAUAAGUGUGCAUUUUGAAGAAAAAGGAAACUGCAGUCCCAAACCACUUCAGCAGAACUGGCCCAGAGUAAAGAUGGACAGGGUCCAGAAACGCAUGCAUUCCUUCCUCCCUCCUUCCUCCUUAUCUAACAGUAAAGGCAGCCCUCUUGCUCCUCGCCCCCUGGACUAGUCACAUGUCCACCCUCCAGUGUCACAUGGUUGUGGAGGGGGCAGCCCUGGGUAGGCCUGUUGUUUCAGUCCUAGCAGACAAUGGGUUCCUGGUUUCCUGUUGUGGAGCGCUACAGUGAAGUGCUGCAAGCCUCAGCACAUUACAUAGCACAUCCUUCCCUGCCCUGCCUUGAACUUAACAUGUACGGGGCACACACAGGCCUUUUUUCUGCUGAGCAAGUUGCUGCUUUCCCUUGAAGGAAGAGCACACAGGUUAAAUCCACAGAUGGGACUCCCUUUAGGUCACUAUGAAUGGUGCAAAUCUGCUGAAUGACUCCUCAUCUUUUGAAGUCAGUAGCAGCUGUCAGCUCAAUUUGAAUGACUUUUGAUGGGAAUUUACUCAGCUAAAGGUGGCGUGAGGAAUCCUUUUUUUGUACAUUAGACAAGAGAUGCCAACUUGUAUCUGUUUUAUGCAUGUUAGGCCUUGUUGCACUGGCUGCAGUGGAGCCUUCACAUGCUUGAGAAAUAUACAACAUACAAAAGAUGAUGAAGGGCUUUGUUGCAGUUUCCUUUAUCCAUGGGUGAAGUCAGAACAGAAAUAAAGGAUUGUUGUCACAACAUAAAUAAUCUCUGUUCUACUGCAGUGAAUCCAAAUAAAUUUGUAUUUAUCUUGUAUGCCAAGGUAAUCCCAAGGUCUUAUUUAAGUGAUAUGUUCGUGACUUGUUGUAAUGGGAUGUUAUUCCUUGUUUUCCCUCUAGUUCUCAUUCCUUGAUGAAAUUAUGGGAUUUGUUUUGACUUAAGAUGGCGUGUUUUUGGUUCUUCUCAGCCAUGCAUUUACUCACCCUGUGAAUAGAGCCGAUAACAGGAGAGGGCCCUGCUCCAUAAUCCAAGCUUCUGCUUUGCCCCCUGAACAAAAGUCUAUAAUUAUUAUUAUCAUUUCUAACCAGUUCAGAAUACUGCAAGUCUUCUCACAUUUUGUCAAUCGACAGUGUGCUUCAGUUGCCUGCUUGCAAUGCCAUUUGCUUCUGUGAUGACUGUCUAUGAAGUUAGCUGAACAACUUUUUGUGUCCCAGGACCAGAAAUAUAGGAUUAAACAGUCAGAGUUUCAUAUUUAAACAGUCUAAUCUUAUUCUAGUGACAAAAAUACGAAUCAAGGCUCAUAUUAUUGAACAUGAAGCAUGUACAUGGCGGCCCAUCAGCGCCUCCCACUCUGGAGCUGAUCAGUGCCUGUACUGGUCAAUGCUUAUGUUUUUUAUAGGGAGCGGGACAGUGUGUAUUAGCAGUGCCCAGAUGCAUCUUUUUGUCACAAUUGAAUGUGGCAAAAUCAUGGCGCUUUAAGUGGAGCGUAGGAGUAACUGAAGGGUUGAGUGUUGAGUGUGAAGGUUACUUUCAGAAGUGGUGAGUGUUUUAUACUAAGGAGAUUUGUAACUUUUAUUACAGAGACUAUGAUGACAUGUUGAUGCAUGCAGAAAUAUAACUAACUACAGCACUAUCAGUGUUUGUUAAACACUUUGUCAAGUGGACUAGUAAGAGAUUAUCAUGUUACCUCUGAUGUUAAGUGUAACCAAAGUGAUAAAACAGACAAAGAUAAAUGACCCUCAUUCUCCGCCCUCUGAAGGCGCUGAGGAGGCUGUCUUUCUGCCUGGCUGACAUUAGCCUCGGAGGACUUGGUGAGCCGUAUUAAAAUUAAUUUUCUGCUCAUUUGCUUGGUGAUUAUACUGUCUGUAGUGCAGAACUAGUCCAGCAGGAUCACUUAUCAUAGACAUGCUCUCCUAUGAUGUCAUUUCACUAAAGAUUUGGUCCAGGAAGCCAUUGGAGUGGGCAGGGAGCGAGGCGGAGAAGUAGAGUUUAUGGUUUGUCGAGGGACUAAUGAUAGUGAUGCAGGGUGUAAUAGUGAGUCACUACCUCUUGCUGGUAUUUCUGUCGCUGCCAUUUUGUUGGCCUGCUGCCCAAGUCUUGGCAAUUACAUCAGGGAUGCAUCCGCUGCUCAUUUAAAUAAACUCCCUCUCUUGACUGUUCGUUUCAUUCCACAAUCAUGCUUUAUGCUACAUGUAUGUCUCAUCCUUUAAUCAUAAGCAGAAUACUAUGUUGAUCAUCUUUAUAAGGCAGGGUUGCGCAUUAACUUUUAUUGCCAGUAGCUUGAUGUACAUAAUGUCUGUCAGAUCUGUAGGUCUAACUCCAGGUAACAUAGCUUAUCAUUCAAAAAGGUUGUGACUAGGACUGGGGCGAUAAACAGAAAAUUUACAGACACCAAAAUUUACGACAAUAGUCAUUUUGCCCGUAUCGGUAUAUUUGGUGUCAAAAAAAUAAAAAGAUUAAAGUCAGCUUUGGAUGUGUGUAGGUAGGGUAUGGUCUCAUGUCCCUUUUUAAGACACUGUUCUUUGUCAGAGUCGUGACUCCACCCCAUCCAGUCUGUAACAAAGAGGGAAAAACAGGUGAGGAGAUGGAGGAAGGUUCAAAGUUAUGGCGGCUGAAGUAGACGAAUUUAAUGUGGGAGAGGAACUGCUCAAUGUGUAGUGAUAUUGAUUUGAGGCCAUAUCGCCAAGCCCUAGCUGUGACAUUGCAAUGUUCUGUGGAUUUCUUCAGGGUAUGAUUUGCCCAUUACUAGCAUCUACAUGCACUGCAGGUGUGAACACAAGUUAAAAACUCUGAGGUCCCAUUAGCUUAGCAGUCGGUAAGUGUCCCCACAACAUUAACAACCACAAAGACCAGCAAGACAACACUGUCUUAUCUGUCGAGCUUAAAAUGAUGUAUUGUCCAGCCCUAGUAUCUGAUCUUCUGCUCCUUUUCUUAAAAACCCAAAUAAAACAUGGUGAAUGUGAAUACUUUUCACUUCUCUCUCUCUCUCUCUCUCUCUCUCUCUCUCUCUCUCUCUCUCUCUCUUUCUACACACACACACACACACACACACACACACACUUUCUCUCUUUCUAUGUUUUGCUUUGCAACAGCUUUUGGUGAGAAAAAUAAGACAAAAUGUUUUUCCAUUAGCUUUGGUGCUUUUGGAUAUAAUUAAAUAUAAAAAAGAAUAGAGCUUUUUUUGUAUUUAACCACGUGGUAUUGAAAAUAAUGAAAAAAGCAAAAAAAAAACAACUUAAUGACAAAGUUUCUACAGUGAAGAAUAACGCACACAUUUAAGUGGACCUUAGCUGCUAUCCGGUCUGCCUUUUUCUGUCCUGGUUUUGGUCUCCUGGGAUUCCCAAACCAGAGCUUAUACUAACAGCUGAGCUCAAAGCAACAGCACCAUGGCUCGGACAGGUGAGGAUAAAACACAAACUUUCUGUGUUGUUUGUAGCUCCACUGGUUUGACCUGCUUUCUCCCAAAAUUCCUGCUUGUUGAUGUCACAGCAGUUUUAGCCCACAGCUGUGUUUCAAUAUGAGGUUUCCAUAGAAAACCAGUCCAACAAACCUGACUGCAGCUCGACAGCAUCUGACUGUCUAUGUUUGUUUUCCUUUAAUUCAAGGGACUGAAGUACCUUUCUCAUUGUGAUCGGGCCGUGCUGCUCUUUCCUGUUUUAUGACGGGCUUUUCAUUGUGAAUGAAAGGGCUUCCUGCAGAUCCCAAAAUAGAUGGCGGAGAGGGUGAGAGACAGAGAGAGAGCACACACAUCUAUCUGGAAAUAAUUAUUGAGGAUAGCCUCUCUUCUCUGCUCAACAAAUGCACACAUCAUCAGUCUGGUGUAGUAAGAUAAGAGCAAAGAACUAGAGCAUGUCAAACAGUUAGUUUACACACUCAGAGGUCUUACAGGAGCUGCUUGUUCUUGUUUGACAAAAGAUGAUCAUCUUGAUCUGAAUUAGUUUUAUAAAUCCUUUCUUUCUGUGCAGCUCCUCUCACUUAAUCCGGUGUUUGUGUGACUGAAGUUUCAGUAAACUUAGCUUCCGUCUUUGACAAUAGCAGCGAUAAGAGGCAUGAAAAGCAAUGACAUUUCAGAUGAUGUCACCCCCUCGCAGCAGUAAAGGAAAAAAAAAAAGUGAAACACAGAAUGAAUACUUGCCACAGAUCAGUUUCUGCUCUUUCCCUAUAGCAGGUAGCAGCACUGGUUCUGUGAGGUCAGUUAUUGCAGUGUCAUUGAGAGGGAACCAGGUUACACACAAGGGAAGAAUGUGGGUGGGACAGGUCUGAGGGGGAGGGUGUGUCCUGUCAUUGAUAAAAGGUGUUCCCGUUUCGUUGAGCUGUUCCUGGAACUGUGGUUUGUGUUUGCUGAUUAGGACUCUACUUUGGCAGGUUGUUGACUGUAGAGUCAGAGUAUACCAUCAGCAGGGCUUGAAAUGAAGCAACACAGUGAUGAAACACAGCUGUAGCUGAAAAACCCAGGAGGCUUCUAAGCCGAGAUCUAAUUUGUGGUCAGAGAACAGCUUUGACAUUUCAACAUUUAGAUUAUGGGGCCUGUAAUAAUGACAUUUGCCGACCGAUGGCAGGCAGAGAAAAAGUGUCAUUAUUAUUAGCCAUUAGUUGAAUGGUCUUAAUGUAAUUAUCUUAGAGUCCAGGGGCUGACCUUACAUGUUUAGAAGAGGUUCUGUGAGAUUUCAAGUUUUUUGCUGCUGCAGCUCUACACACAGUUUAUCAGUCUUGUGUUGCUGUAAUAGUAUUUACGGUAAGCCACAAACCGUACUAAAAUAGACAGAUCUAUCAGACAGUAUUUGGAGUUCAGAUUAGGCCUGUCAACUUUGGCCAAUUGACUCUCUCUUUUCAGCCUGGUUACCUUAUGAAAUCUCUGCCACAUGCUCCUUAUGCAGAGGGAAAUGUUCAAAUGUUAGAUUUCUCUUCUGUAUGCCUGUUUUUUUUUAUUUUGAUAUUUAAACAUAUAUUAGAAUACAUUAUAUUUGUUGACAGCCCUAAUUCAGAUAAAUAUUGUGAUUGAAAUACUGGUUGCAGAAAAAUAAUUGUAAAUAACAAAUCAGAAAUUCCUUUUGUGCAUAACGGAUUGUCAGUUGAACUACCUGUGAUCAUCUCUUUGGCAAAUUAGAACUGUUGUUGUCUAUUAAAAUAAGAAAAAUAAGAACUCUCCUCACAGUGACUGGAGUUUGAUCAGGAAAUCAUGCUGCAAAUUUGUACAAUUGUGGUUUAUUUCUGAUACGUUGUGAAAGAAGAGGAAGUUGCAACACUUAAACGUGGCCUAUAGAAAAUGAAUUUGGCAGUUUCAUUUCCUCCAGAUCCAGGCUUACUUCACGACAUUUUCAGUUUGUUUGCAGGAAGACAUUGUGCUCCUGUUUGUGUAAUCAUCACAUUUAAGCUUUAGUCAUGUCUUCUUUUAUGGCUACAGUCUGGCUUUCAGUGGUUCAGUUUGUAACUGUUACAAUGAGACAUGGUUUGUGUCGUACCAGAGUGUUGACAUUCCUGCCUGGGGCUGUUCUGGCACCGUCCUUGGUAGGUAUUGCUGUGUCAGGGUUUGUGUAGGGCCGACAGGAUGCCCUGUUUCCAGCCCUGGCAGUUAUCUGUGCUGCAGAGCUGACUGCUGUCAUAUUCUGCAAAGUCAUUAACAAGCAUUAACCAGAUUUUGAUUUUUGCAAGUUAAAACUUAUUUUUGCCAUCAAUAACAUUCCUUGUUUUGCUCAGACAUGAGGAGAGUAGAGAAAAACUCGAAACAUUGCACAACCCUCAGGAUUUAAAUGAGAUUCAGGAUUCAUGAGCUGAUUGUCCAUCUGUGUUUAGUCCAAACUCUCAUGCUACUCAUGGCGCAGCAUUUUAAACUACUCCAAGAAGUCAGACCUUGAAAAGCUGCUGUUAUUUAGACUUAAAUGUUGUGUAAUGUGGUUGUAGUUUCCUCUUGGGCCCACGCUUUGGAGCUUGGCGUCGGAGUCGCUCUCCACCCAGCCCAGCUCUGUAUUUGUUGUGACCACUGCACAGCUCCACAGCUCCAUGUGUCCAAAGAGCUGCUGCUCAGUGUCGGCCUCAGUGACCUCAUUGUCUGGCUGUGGGUGAGCGAGGCAGCUGAGCAGGGCGUCAAAGCCCUCUCGUAAGACUUCUGUCAUUGUUUGGUAAGCACCAGGCGGAUCAGUUUGAUUUUUUGAAGUCGAUACUCUGCAAAUAUGCACAGCAGCAUCGAAUUAUCACUUCCUGCUUUUUUACUGCAAAACUUUCUCUCCCUGUUUUUUGGCAAGUGUUUGCCUGGGGUUCUCACGGGAUAUACUGCACUAGUUUGAAGUGAAAUAAGAAAAACCUUUUACUCAAAUGGCAGCCUGGAAUGGAGUUUUUUGGGGGAAUGAAAGAUGACCUCAACCAGGAGUGGAUGUUGAUAUUUCAGGCACUGGCCUCACAGGCAACCAAGUACCUGAAAUUGCUGACUAAAGCACAGUUUUGGUAGCAGUGGAUGUCACUUAAGUGGUUAUGGAAAACAGAGAGAAGGCAUUUCUAUAUAAUGUGAUGCAGCUGUAGAUUAAAGCAUCCCUUCAAUUCAUGGCACAAAAUCAAUCAAUCCAAAAUCAAGAUUUUACUUCAAGAGAUGUGGAGCAUUAGUUUUAAACAACAUUGCAUAAAUGAGUCAGGAUAGAGUGAAAUAAGCUAAAAAAUAAAAAAGUUUAUUUUUUUUCAUACACAAACACACACAAAACUACAAAUGACAAAGACAUGACUCUGAACACAGGUCUAUUUCUGGGAGUAAACUCUUUACUCAUGCCAGCAGCCAUGUUGUUGCUGUAUGCGUUUGUCUCUGUAGAAGGUAAAUGAAGGGGGAGGAGUAGGGGGAUGCAAACAACAGGAGCCAAGGGGAGAGUGAUGGAGGAAGUUCCAGAGAAAAUCCUGAUUUCAAUUUUUCUAACUGAUCCAAAACUACAAACGCAAAUUGAUUGAUUUAAUCGAUUUAUCGCACAGCCCUAGGUCAGGUUUUUGCAAUUGAAGUAAAUUUGAAGUUUAUGGAUAAGCGACACAGGCCACAAUAGAGUUGUAAAUGUUCAGCCCUGUCUUUGUUUUCAUUGUACCUUAAGGGAUACAGACUUGUGGAUUUUUGCUGAUAUUCAAUAUAUAAUAUAAUAUGUUUUCAGACUCCUUUUGGCUAACGCUGAUACUGAAGCUCAUCCAAGUUCAUUAUCUGUCAGCAGAAGCCUGCAGGUGUUAAUGGUGGUGUUGUUUUCCCUCUCAUAUCACCUGGGCCUUACAAGUAUUACGAACUGAUAUUUUGAAACGUAAAAAUACUUCCAUACAGCCAACAUGUUAAAGCUUGUUGGUGUGUAGAAGCUGUUAUUGCAUGAGAAUAAUUAAUGCAGCUGUUCAUGUUGGCAGAAAUGUUCAUAUCUGCUGGUAACAUUAAUAUACCAAUAAUACUGUGCAUUUCUGUAUUUUUUUACUCCACUGGACCUUUUAAAGGCUGUUUUUUCACAAUCUAACACAUCUGUUAUUUUCUCUUUUCUCUCGUAGCUCCAAAACUUAGGGAUCAACCCGGCCAACAUCGGCUUCAGCACCCUCACUAUGGAGUCGGAUAAAUUCAUCUGUAUCCGAGAAAAGGUGGGCGAGCAGACUCAGGUGGUGAUCAUCGACAUGGCCGACCCCAAUACACCCAUCCGCAGGCCUAUCUCAGCGGACAGCGCCAUCAUGAAUCCAGCCAGCAAAGUCAUUGCACUUAAAGGUAAGACAGUGUGUUGACACAGCAAAGGCUCUAUUUGUCUAAAUAAGUGUAGGAAUAACAAGAGAUGACUACUUAAUGAAGCUUCACUGUUGUAUUCAAUCUAACUCCACAUUAAGGGACCUGCAGCAUGAAAUUCAGGCAUGUUUAAAUUAAGCAACAUUAUCAGUUUGUUAUAAAGAGUAUUUCUAGAUUAUCCUCAUUUAUUUAUGUCCAUACACAUCCAGCUACUUUAUUUCUCCACUGUGAGCUAGUUUUGAUUGACCAACAUGUAUGCCUUCAACAAACAUUUGUCCUGUAAAUAUUCAGUAUAGCAUAUUUUUAUUCAUUUUGUCCAGCAUCCAUGAUUGCUUUGACUUUUUUGUUGUUUUUGUUUUUGUCUUUUCUAUGUUCUUUUUUUUUUUUCUUUACUGCUUUCUUAUGUGUUUGCAGACGGUGAGUUGAAAUUUAACUACUUCAUUGUGGAAGUAAAAUCCUGUUUUCAAGACAGAAUUUAUAAAAAUGAUCACAACAAGAAGAUGGCCUAGCUUUUACUUUUCUUUUUUUUGAUAUAUAUAUGUAAUCUGUUUUUUGGGAAAUCUGACAUAUUUUAACUCCCGGGCCAUUCAAAUGCUUCUUCAUAAACAGGAUUUAUCUUUCACAGCCUUUUAGCUUGCUGGCAUUUCAUCAUUUUUAUUACAUGUACAAGUGAUUUAGAACCAGUUUUACAUGUGGUAAUAUUGUGGGUCAAAAUGAUUUCAUUUUAAUUCACAUUUCUUCUUAAUUUUCAUUUGAAAUUCAUGUCUCCUUUCAUUCGUGUGAAGUGAUAAUUACCCACACCUGCCGUUUCAUGUGUUCUCCAGCUGUGUUUAAUAUUCGUCAGAUCAUUCAGCAACUCUUGACGCUUUCAUUGUCCUCUACACCAAGUUUAGUCUUUGUUUAGCCACCAGAGAGAGUAGGCAUAAAGUUGUGUGGCCUCAGAAGCUGCGUAGAUUUGGUGUUUGUUUUAAUGGGACCUCCUCCUAACAUGAGUACUUCCAGAUGAGGUAUGAGCAGCAGCAGCAGCAGGGACAGACUUUGGCCUGUGAAGCUCACAUGUCAGGGUGUGAAAAAUAAAGUUAAGCUGUCCAGCAGCUCCAACAGCCCAACAAUCCCAUGUGUCCAUCUGUCUGAGUUCAGCUUGUGGCCUUAUCCAACUAUCACAACAACAUUUUGUAAGCCAAACAGCUUGCGUCUUAAGAUUUGUAGCUCAAGUCUUUCCAAGUACCGACUGGGUGUCUGAGGCUCCCUUCAGGUGUUUUUGGUCUUUUGUGAUCAAUAAAUCAUUUAAUUCAAUUAUGAAAGCAUAUGGAUAUGGCCUGUUUAAAGCUGAGCUCAUUUAUUAAUCUAUAAAGCAACAAGUAAAUCUCUCAACAGUCUUGGCUUGAGUGAUUUCAGCAAGGAUUAAGAAAGAAACAGAUCAGUAUCAGUUCAGUUGGAAGAGAGGCAAAACAUUUGCCUGUGCACUAGUAUCUGCUUUGUCAAAUUUAUACUUCCCAAAUUUUUUGCUCAAACGCAACCACUUCAUAAAAGACUAGCCUGACAGUUUAAUCUCAUACACAAGUACUGUAAUCCGUACACCUGCACAGGGAGCUUCAGCACCUUUACAAGGAGCUGAAUUGACAAUGUGAAUUAAUUUCAGAUAGAUGUAUUUGCUUAAAAUGAACUAGCUGUCCUCCCUUUAAUUGUAUUUGUUUGAUGACGACGUGGUACAAUGUGCAGUUGGAAAAAGUGUGUACUCAACUUUUAUAGAGCUCAUUGCUGACAAUCAUGUGACAUACACACACAUUACAAUAGUCCUAUCUCUGUCUGGUUAAAUUUUACACAGCAUACCCAAAAAGCUUUUUCAUCUGCAGUUUGUCUAAAAAGCAGACUGAUUAUAAAGGGACUUUUACCCUUAUCUAGAUCAUUACCUUUUACUUUUUACCCAAAUAUUUUUAAAUGUGUGCAAAUGCCCAAAAGUCUAUGUUUGACAGGUCAUGAUGAGGACACCUUCUGCUAAAACUAAGAGACAAACAUAGAAAGAUGCAUCAUCAGUUGUUGUUGUUACAAUGAUGUAAAGUACCUAUCUUUGGCUCACUAUUAAUGCAGCGUAGGAUCAUUGUAAACCUUUCCUCCCUCUUUCUACCCCCUACCGUCUUCCUGCUCAGUCUACCAUGAUGAUCCUACUCAGCCGGCCUUGUCAUGUGACACAGUAUCAAGCUUUAACCUCUUCAUGUAACCAUCUCUGAAGAACCGUCUCAAAACCGCCACAACCUCUGAUCAUGAAAACUAUGAAUUAAAUAAAUCCCUUUUGCUUUGCUCUUAUAAUAAAUCUGGCUGCUGCAUUAAGUGGUUCAUUCUUCACACCACUAUUUUAAUCUGAUCCCAUGGCUCAGUGAUGGCAAAUUGAUCUCUACAGUUGUGCUAAUGCAUCAGUAUUUGCUUUUUUUUUUUUUUUUCCUCCCUCUAUAAUGAAAACUGAAUAAUGAACAACCAAAGAAGUCACACUGCUUCUAAAUAAAGCUUUAGCUCUCUAAAUUAACAAAAACUAAUACAAAAAAAAAAUCAGGUGAGUAACAGUUUUUUUGAACAUUUAGUGUCUGAUCUCUUCUCCGAACAUGGUAACACUAAUUUAACUUUAAUUCUAGACACUCAAAUAUGAUGUGAAUCAUCUCCGGACACUUUUUCUUUGACCCUUCUCUGAAAGCCUGAAAAUUGCUUGAUACUCUUCCCUUUAUUGUGCUUCUGUGUACCAGUUUAACUGUUGAACUCCACUGUUGUGUAUUUGACUCUGAUGAAGAUGUGUUUGCCUUUCUUGUGGGUUGUUUGUUACCUCUAUCCCCUGUCUGCUUUGACGCUCUCAAACACGGCUGUUUUUUGAUGGGGUGGGCCACGUAGUCGGAUAUGAUAAUACCUAAGAUGUAUUCUCUACUGUACUAUUCUAUUCUAUACUAUACUAUACUAUUAGGAAUGGGCGAUAAAUUAUUGUUCACGAAACACUGUCAGAAAAACCCUCCACGAUAAAUAUUUUCUAUCUCAUGAUAAAUUUGAGCGACUGACUCAAAGCUAUAGCCCACACAGAGCAGAAUAACAAACAAACAUGGCCGAAGACUAUGAAGAACACGUUUCUGAGCAGCUUGUUACUGAACAAGGCUCCACAUGAGGGAUUUUAUUUCAAGAUUGGCUUUUAGAUGAGGGCAAUCAGGUAUGCCUGACAUCGGACAGUGGAUCUGCUGCUGUUCACUCUGUGCAACAAGUUUUCAACAAAUGUUGAAAAUGUUUUCAAAUUUCAGACUUGUUUGAUGUCAUUAGUUUUCUCCAUAACCUACCACUCAAACUUGUGGUUAAGUGUCUUAUUUGACUAUGACAAAUGGUGUUCUCAAGACAUAAUGAGUCAAAGACCUAGAUAGGAAUUGUAAUAUUUUUUAUUGGGACUUUUAUCGUUAUCACCAGAUUGGCAAAACUUAUCGUGAUUAAUUUUUCAGCCCAUAUCGCCCAUCCCUAUAUACUAUACUAUACUAUACUAUACUAUACUAUACUAUACUGUACUAUACUGUACUAUACUAUACUAUACUAUACUGUACGAUACUAUGUAUUUAUUAAACAUAUUAGAAAAAGCAGUUACAUAUUACAACUCCAAAUUACAACACUAAAAACAGAUUUUGAUGGUUUUCAAGUCAUUUAAAGCCACUUUUUUGAUUCCAAAGACAUUACAUCAGAUGUUGAAAAUGAAAAAUUCUACCAUCUUGCUAAAACUAUAUGCUCAACAAAACACAAAGUUGUGUCAUGCUUAAAAAAAACCCUGUGUAGCAUCUACCAGUGAACAAGGUUUAUUUGACAGGUUUGUAACACAUCUGGAGACUAAAAGAGCAAUCUCUGAAAUGGAGCUUGAAAGAGAGUCACCACUCUAUAAGAGCAUGUUGCCAAAAAGAUCAACAUUUACAGAAUGAUGUCCCUCUGCAAAAUUUGAGGGAGUCUGUACAAAUCUCAGAAGGCCUAAAACUCGUACUGUAUUGGGAUGAUCUCUGUGCCUUUAAGUGGUGCCACAUUGAAAACAGACAAGACUCUGCAGUGAAAGUCACUGCGUGGGCUCAAAAUCACAUGGCUGUCAUUUACCAAUGCAGGUUUAAACUUUACCAUGCAAAGAAAAUCCAUACAUGCACAUGAUCCAGCAAAAGCUGUCUUUACUCUGAUCAAAAUAUAUCAUUCCUUUUGGAGACCAUGGACCACAGCGCAUGCUCUGCUCUAAAGAGAGGGACCAACCAGUGUAUUAUGAUACACAGUUAAAAAGCCAUGGUGGCAUGUGGAUGCAUAAGCUAACAUAUCUAGGCUGAUGUCAUUUUUGCUGGAAAAAAAAAAAAAACAGACACGGUUUUGAGCUCAACAGUUUUAGUCAAUAAUGUGAGGUAUUAAUGAUUAUUCUGUUUGUGGAAAUUUGCAACAAUCAACUUCUUACAAGUGUCUCAUAUCAUUAUCUUUGAUAAAGUCUUCUAUCGUUUCUUUGCUAGUGGGUCCCCAUCAAUUUUAGUAUGAAUAUUACAGAAUUUAAAAGGUUGAUAACCUGCUUGCAGUGCUAAUAAUUGACACGUUAAGCCUCAAGAAGCCAAAGUUGAAUUCACUCGUGUCAUUAUUUCUGUGAAACUGUCUCACCACACUCCAGAUUUACCACAACCUCCGACUACAGCAUGUAUGGCACCCCCUCUCUAUCCGUCAUGGCAUCCUUGCUUGAUGAACUCUCUGCCAUGACUGCCAAAAUUUCAAAUCUGAAUCUUUCUAUUGAAAUUUGGUGUUUCUUUUCCCUGUGUUAGUGACUGUUGUUGACGCACUUCUGUCAGAGUCCAUAACAUUUUCUGGGGGCCCGGCUCCUGCCCCCCUCUCUCUCCUCAUUUAGCCGCCAAAACUCUUCAGAUCUUCAACAUUGAGAUGAAGAGCAAGAUGAAGGCGCACACCAUGACGGACGAUGUUACCUUCUGGAAGUGGAUCUCCUUGAACACAGUUGCACUUGUGACUGACACUGCCGUCUACCACUGGAGCAUGGAGGGUGACUCACAGCCUGUCAAAGUCUUUGACCGCCACUCCAGCCUGGCAGGAUGCCAGAUCAUCAACUAUCGCACUGACGCCAAACAGAAAUGGCUGCUGCUCAUCGGCAUCUCAGCCCAGGUGAUCUGCUCCUCCUGUCUUCUCUGAUGAAUGUCUGAUAUAGUUGAGGGCUUUAAAACUGUAAAAACAGCCUCAUCACUGAGAGCCAGCAGGACGUAUCCAGCCUAAUACCCUCAUUAAAGUAAACUGUGGCUUCACCCUGACCACAAGUGUUGCUCUAAACUUAGAUAUGUUGUUUGUAUUACCUUUUCCAGCAAAAUCGGGUGGUGGGAGCCAUGCAGCUCUACUCUGUUGACAGAAAGGUCUCUCAGCCCAUCGAAGGCCAUGCUGCCAGCUUCGCUCAGUUCAAGAUGGAGGGAAACACAGAGGAGUCGACUUUGUUCUGCUUUGCUGUCAGAGGCCAGGCUGGAGGAAAGGUAACCUGUUUUAAAAACACUAUAGAAGCAAAAGCAGAUAUGAUGGUUAGCCAAUCUUUUGUGUUUGUUUCUUGAAUUUAUUGUUUUCCGUCUUUGUCUAGCUGCACAUAAUUGAAGUCGGGACACCACCAACUGGCAACCAGCCUUUUCCAAAGAAAGCAGUGGAUGUGUUCUUCCCUCCAGAAGCACAGAAUGACUUCCCUGUGGCCAUGCAGGUAAUGAGCACAAAUCCAUCACUGAUCGGUUUAGCUACAGCCAUGAAAGAAACAAACCCAAGUGUUACAAAAACUUAGUUAAUAAAAGUUUUAUACCGCAAUGAAAAUGACGAUAUGAUCUGAUGAAUUUACCUAAUUGUUAUGUGCAGUGGCAUACAACAUCAGUUUCUCUCAAAACUUUUCAUUAGGAAUAACCAUGUGGGAUGCGUCAUCUCACUUUUAAAAGAAUUUUGAAAAAUUAAAAAUACACAGUUCAAACAGAAUUGGAUAAGACAUUUAACAGAGCACAAACAAAACAAAGACUUAUUCAAUGCCCUUACAUUAAUGGGAAACUUGAAAGCUUAUGCUGUGACUCCAGUUCUGUCACAGCUCCUGAAAACCCUUGUGUAAAAAUGCCAGAGCCUGCAUGAAUCUGUUUGUCUUCUUGGCCCUGGACAGUCCUAGAGAUGAUACUGCUUCACGUAGGCAGUCAAAUUCUGCUGAACCUUGCUCCACUUGAUUGUGUUUCAGUAUUUUGGUGACAAGCUAGCUGGAGCCCUCAGAUUGAGACUGCAUGAUAUCGAGUAAGAUUAAUACUGUGAUACUCCUCCUUUCUGUAAUUUGUUUGAUGUAAUAUUAAACAAUAAGGGGUUUUAUAACUGAAAAAAGUGUAUUUGAAGUACUUAAACAACUAAAAUUUUCAGUAGCACUAUUAUACCAUUUAUAGUUUGGAUCUUUUAGUCUGUUUUCUGCUAUAAGAUCAAAUCCCCCUCAUACUUUCACCACACUAUGUCAAGCCCUCCGACAGCAGCUGUGGCACCUGCAUAUCACUACACACAUAUCUAGACUGAUUGAGGUUCUGCUUAUAAUGAAAGUAGUAAAAGACUUGGUACAAAUUUUAGGUCACCCAGAGCUGAAUUGUUGUCAUGAUCACUUAAGAGUGACAAUGCUUAUAAAUACUGCAGCACUGAUACCACAAACUCUGGACAAAAAGUUAAAAUCUCUCUCUAACUUUUGAAAAUUAGGUUGGGGGCUUUCUGCAUGAAAUUUUGCUCCAAAUAAAUGUAUACCAGCCAGGGUAGGCAAUAAAUAAACAUUCACGAUAAAUUGUCAGAAAAAUCCUCCAUGAUUAAUAUUUGCCAACUCAUGAUAAAUGUGAUAAAUGCAAGUUGAUGAUGUAAGCGUGAGCGACAGACUCACAGCCAUAGCCCACACAGAGCAGAAUAGCAAACAAACAUGGUAAAGUAUCUUAUUUGACUACUCCAACUGGUGUUCUCCAGACAAAAUGAGCCAAAAAUAUAGAUUGGAAUUGUAAUAUUUUUUAUCGGGACUUUUAUCGUUAUCACCAGAAUGGCAAAUCUUGUUGUGAAAAUUUUUUAGCCCAUAUCGCUCAUCCCUGAUACCCGCUCAUCUAAAUGUAUGCAAACAACACAGGGACAGUUUCCCUUGCAGUGUGGUUUAUAGCGCACUUAACUUUUUGCCUUUGCUCUGUGAAUGAGACCAUUUUUCAGGUUUAUAAUCCUCUGAACGAAUCAGACAUGAAGAAUUCGGUAUAAAAGCUUGUCUCUAAUACACACUUACCUCAUGACAGAACCUGGGACCUUUUGUCAGUAUUUAAAAAAUUAUGGCCCCAGUCUUCACUUGAAUUUUUACAGUGAAUUAAAGAUGGGAGUAUCCCCUGCUUUGACAAAUUGAAAAUGAAUAAGCUAGCAGGGCAUUAGACUAAUAAAAGUAUUAUUUUAUUCUUGCCAUAAUCGUAUUGACAACAAUGAUGUUUUAUGUUUUUUUUACAGAUAAGCUCCAAGCAAGAUGUGGUUUUCCUCAUUACCAAAUAUGGCUACAUUCACCUUUACGAUCUGGAAACAGGCACUUGCAUCUACAUGAACCGCAUCAGUGGAGAGACCAUCUUCGUCACCGCUCCACAUGAGGCCACCUCGGGCAUCAUCGGGGUCAACAGGAAGGGACAGGUGAGAAUGUCAACCAGUGCUCAUCUAUGUUUACCACGGCAGGUCGGUGAUGUAAAUGUCAGGGUGAAAAUUGUGCUGAUGAAAAUAAACAUUCUCCUUUAGCUCAAUAAGAAAGACACGACAGAGCCACAUCCUCAUUAUUCACUCUGUACGUCAACCUGAAGCAGGUUAAUGUUUGUAAACAAAACACUGACUUCAGCUGUUGUAUGGAGUAGCUACAGCAACUUCAAUAUUUGUCUGUUGUCUGCAUAUGAGCACAGACGUGGCUAAUUCUAAAGCUAACAGGCAUCAUAAAUAAUCCAUGGUGUAGUGUUCCUCACAGAGAGAGGGGAGCAGGUAGCAUCUUACUGCUUUUGUAAAGCUGAACCAGAGAGGAGAACUGGAUCCAACCAGCUGAUGAAUAAUGUUCCAGCCAGGCCACACACCACAUGAAUAAUUGAGCAGAGAGAGGAAAGCUGAUCUUAGGCUGUGACGGAUCUCGUUGUACGCUGAGGCAUAUGCAUGUGUGUGUGUACAUGUCACAUGGACACACACACACAUAGACAAACACACAGAGUGAUCUCAGGGAUAAUAGGCCACUGUCUCUGCCCUGUGGUGCUUCCAGAUUAGAGGGUUUGCUGCUGACAAAAUUGGUAAUCUGAUGCUAAGUUAUACAUCAGUACAGUGUUUUUUCAGCCAUUUGUUUGAAUAUUCUGUUGUGUUUGUCCACCAAACAACAAAAAAAGACUUUUUAGAGAAAAUCUGAGCGGAGGAUUUGAAAUUUCUGUUUGAUUUAUUGAUCCCGGGUUUAACUGGACAAGUAAAGCAGACAGGAGUUUUAAAAACAAAGUUGUCUGCUUAAUUAUUUCUAAUUGCUCAAAACAAUCAAGGAUGAUAAAUUGUUAGAAAUUUGAAACAAGAUUAUUUAAAGUUUGAGUCAUAGUUUUAUAGCAGUCUGGCUGUAAGCAAAUAAAGUCAAAUGAAUCCUUCUUCUAACCCAACAACCAUCCAGUGUGUUGAAUAGAAACAUGACGUAAUGGCUCAGGGAUGUGCUGUAGUGUCAGAAACAGAUAAGAAUAAAUCAAUACCAACACAACCUCAAUGGAAGUUAAGGUGCCAAGAGCCUAUCCAUAGAUGGACAUUGCAGGAAACAAUAAUAGCACCGACAAAGCCCCCUUGUUUUCACUCUUUUUACAUAUAAGUGGUCUCCAUCCACUUAUAAACUUACCCAUUACCAGUGUUUUUGCUCACACACGGCUUCAACUGGUACCUUUUAGAUGUCACCUUAAUUAAUCAACAAUCUAAAUCAAGAUCUUGUUAGCUUCUCACUGAUACGAUGACAUGAUCUGCUGCUAUAUCAAGACAUAAGAAGCUUGUGUUGCUCAUUGAAAAACUCUAUAUGUUAAAUCAAGCGUUUCCCAAACAAACAACCUGCUGCCCAUGGUACGAUUAAGAUGUGCUGGCUUCACUUUUGGGAGCUGUCAUGCACAUUGCAGCAUGUAAUAGAUAUACUAUUCAUGUAAAAUAACAGGGAGCCAACAAUUAGAAUUCAAAUAUCUGCUUCUGAAUACAAAGAGCAAGUUCCUCAGAGCAGCUGAGCUGUCGUUUUGAAGAUAAAGGCAAAGACUGAAUGAGAGGUGUGGUAAUACCACAAAUACCUCAUAGCACAUACUCUGUCUUGAAGAAUGCACAAAGGCCAAGAAGUCAAUUAUCGACAUCCUCCCCUUGAUGAUUACCCUUGAUGUCAAACCCAUUUGGCUCCUAUAAUUACUGUCAUGAUCUCAAUUAGGGAAGCACCAAAAUAACAUUUUAGCCAAAAGCUUUUUCAGCAUGGGGAUCUGUUGGAUCAUGACUCUGAGCAGAGCAGGCAGUGUGUUUGCAGCCAGCCUGGUCCAGCAAUGGGACGCAUGUUUAUACUGCACACGAGAGAGGCGGAGGAGGGAAGGAGACACACAGGGGGGACAAAAUGGAAAAAAGGGGGGAGGGGCUAAUCAACCACCCUUAAACACAUGAUGUGAGGUGAGAGGCACAGCCUGGUGCCCUCAAUCCUCUUAGUGCUGGUGCUCUCAUCCAAUCACAACCUCCACCUCUCCAUUCACGUCAUCAGUGUGGCAGAGACGUCUGAUGUCUGCACUGCAGUUUUACUAUUCUGUGUUUCUGUGUGUGUGUGUGUGUGUUUGUUUGACUCAGUGUAUCACUUGAUACCAAAGCUCAUGUGUCUUCAGAUGCUCUGUGCUGCAGUUGAGAAGAGUUGUUCUGCCAAGUUUAGUCUUUUUUUUUUUUCCAUCAGACUGAUACUUUUGAUCUACAUCUCUCCGAUUGUAAUCAUGCCUGACUUUGAUAUUAGCCUCUUUUCUGAGCUUUAUCCUCCUCCUGAAUCACACCUACACACCGAGUUUCAUCUGAGAUACCUUUGAUUACUUCUUCUUUUAUUUUAGGAACCUCACAUUAGUCCACCCACAUUGUGCUAAAUGAGUGACUCUACUUUGGUGGCAGGCAGAAUGAGGUUUAGUCACCCAUGCUAAAAGCCGGGGUGCUGACCUGCUGGUCUUGUUUGCAGAGGGGCAAACAUUGGCCGUCUUUCUCCUCCAGUUCCCCCUCCUCCUCUUUCCUUCAUCCUGCUCUUUUCAUUCAGCCCAGCCUCCUCUCUCUUCUCUCUCUGUUGCUAGACUGCUCACAAAAGCUGUGCGUUACACUGACCCACUAAUAAUACAUUUGCAUUCAGCAGCCACAACCCAAGGCCAGACAGGGUUUAAUGGAGUUGAAUGCUAUUGCACACAGUUGGGUUCUGCUGAGUGCGCUCACUCUGCUGAUUUCUGGCACAGGACAUGAAUAAAGAAUCGGCUGAUUUACGGUGGUGUCAUCUAGACGUGUUUAAGAUUGGUUACAUUUCAAAAGGCCAUUCAUUAGUUGUUGGUUUAUUGCUCUACUUUUAAUUCAGGGCCUGUCUAAACCAUGUGGGAGCUGGGAUGGGGGCAUCUGAGUUCAUCUCAGCAGACGUGUCAUAGAGAUUACAGGCGUAUGAAAGCAGCUGUUUACAAAAAUGAGCAAGUUUACAAACAUUGAUUUACUGGAGGUUGGUUCACUGUAGGAUGGUUGUGCCUACAGUUAAAAAAAGGAAAUAUUUUGAAUACUUUCACAUUAGUCUUUACAUUUUUGAAUUUUUGAAUAUCUUAGGGAGAGUUGAUUAGUGUCAAAACCGUAAGUAGACUGACUUUGUGGGAGAUGUCUGGUGUUAUCUGCUGUGAUCAAAACCUAACACUCUUUGGGUUAGCAUUAAGAGACUUAGUCCUCUUUUUUUUGAGAACUUCAGGCUCCCUCAGGUUCUUUAACAAAAUUUGCUUUAGAAAGAAACACACUUUUUAGACAAUGUUCUGCUUCCUGAUUUGUUCUGGAGCAAGUGAGUAAUAGAUGAUGACCAUUUUUUACAUGCUCAAGCCAAAUUGUUUGUAUUAUGUUAAGUUAUACUUAACUUAUAUUGUUUUAUACAUGAAUAUGCCCAGCUAAAAUGGGCCUGCAUGAACCUAAACUUAAACCAAAAUCAGAGUGCACGGGCCAUGCUUACAUACAGUAGGUUUGCAGGUACAGUUCAGCUCUCUUAGAUACAAAUUGUACAACCCACGGAGUCUUUUUCCUUUGGUGUACUUCUGAACAAUCAAAGGACGCCUGACUCAAAAUCUUGAACUUUUCGAUAAAGGGAUGUUUACAGGUACCACAGGGGAUAAAACUCUUUCUUGUCUGUACUUUCAUCCUCUGCUCACGCCUGGACUGAACAUUUUCAAACCUCAGCAAGAGUUUAUCUUUGAUGACACAGUGAAUUCACAGGGCGACACUUAAUACUUCACACUUAGUGGAAAAGACAACUGCAACACAAGCAUCAAAGAGCAAAUUUGAAAAAAAAUAAAUAAAUCAUGCAAAAUACAGAGUGAAAACAACACAAAUAUGCAGUCAUAACAGCAUACCCUCCACAGAAUAACACACUCAUACGUACAAACAAACUACAAACUCAGCCAGAUACAUAAACAAGUGAGGGCCUCAUCUGUUUUUUUAAGGUGUGUAAUGCAGUGUCUCAUUAACUAAAGCAAACGUGAUCAUGUGAAACAGGAUUGAUUUAAUCAGAACAUGAAGAAAAGGAAAAUAAAAACAACUGAAGACAAUGUUAGUUUGUUGAUCCUAAAGAGUCUUUUUGUUCCUCACAGAAAAGUUAUUUUCUAAUUAUCUUGAUCAGAUUGAAACAGACAAUGUGCAUAAAAGAGGCUGAGCUCUUCCAGCAUAGUGACAGUAUUCCUCUCACUCUGGUCUGUGUUUCACCUCAAUAUCGUUCAUCUAUCUGUGUACCACAGGUGCUGUCAGUCUGUGUGGAAGAGGAGAACAUCAUCCCUUACAUCACCAAUGUGCUGCAGAAUCCAGACCUGGCUCUCCGCUUAGCUGUCCGCAACAACCUCGCUGGCGGUGAGGAGCUCUUUGCUCGCAAGUUCAACAACCUGUUUGCUGCUGGAAACUACUCUGAGGCUGCCAAGGUCGCUGCCAAUGCACCAAAGGUACUUAUCAUCCUGUGAGCUUCAACCAGCAGCUCAACCAGCCCUGUAAAACUCCCCGAUAUAAAAACUCAUUUUAAGGUCAUGUGUUAUAAUCAGUUUAUUUUGGAUCUAUCAGCUGUUUAGAUAUCCUCUCACUUCAACAUUUCACUCUCAGGGAAUCCUGCGAACCCCAGACACUAUCCGCCGCUUCCAGGGUGUUCCCACUCAAGCCGGCCAGACCUCCCCCCUGCUGCAGUACUUUGGUAUCCUGUUGGACCAGGGCCAGCUCAACAAGUUUGAGUCCCUGGAGCUCUGCAGGCCGGUCCUCCAGCAGGGACGAAAGCAGCUCCUGGAGAAGUGGCUGAAGGAAGACAAGGUAUUUCAGAUCUCCAUCUCUGCAUUCACUCACAGGAAGUGGAGCUUCCUGAUCGGCCUGUUUGUUUACACGUCCCGCCUGUUUUCCUGAGUCAUGUGACAACAUCUGUUAUGCAAAGAAUUCCUGACAUUUCUUUCAAAACAUGAGCUUUUGGGCUGUCCCAGGCUGCUGCAAUGGUCAAAAAUAGAACCUGGGAAUUUAAUCUAAUCGGAGGAUAUGAAUUUUUAAAAUCAUUUUAAUUAAGCAUGUAUAAAAAUAUUAGAAAACCAUCAUGGAUUCCCACAUUUUUCAUUCUUCUUAUUCACAUUCUUCAAAUUUAGAACAACAAAGCAGAAAUAUAAAAGAUAAAGUCAAAUAAUAUCAUAAUCCCUGGUUUUAAAUUGGCCCUGAAGUUCUACAAGUUCUGAAUCUACUCUUCUUACCUUCCAGUUGGAGUGUUCAGAGGAACUGGGUGACCUGGUGAAGGCAGUGGAUCCCACCUUGGCUUUGAGUGUCUACCUGAGGGCUAACGUUCCCAACAAGGUCAUCCAGUGCUUUGCAGAGACUGGCCAGUUUCCCAAGAUUGUCCUGUAUGCUAAGAAGGUACGUUUGUACAUUUUAGGAGGUGUUUGGGCUCCUAAAGAUCUGCAAAUACCUGGAAUUAUUAAUCGAAGUAUUAAUUAUAAUCAAGUUCACCAUAGUUUGAAGUAUUUAAAUGUUUUAGCGAUAGACCCUUAACUUGAGUUCUGUCCUGUGUUUUUCCAGGUGGGCUACACCCCAGACUGGAUCUUUCUGCUCAGAAAUGUGAUGCGUAUCAACCCAGAACAAGGCCUGCAGUUUGCCCAGAUGUUGGUUCAGGAUGAAGAGCCACUGGCUGACAUCACACAGGUAAGAGGAACGAAGGAAAGAUCUCCAGGAUCCAUCGGGAACCAGGAGAUUUCAAUCAAAUACUUUAUGGAAUGAAAAACAGCGCAACUAGAAAAAAAAAAAGCUUAAAGAGAGUUCUAUAAUGAGCUGAGUGAACUGGGUUCUCCUGCUGAGAACUUUUUGAGGUUAGAGCAGGAUUUGCCUCGACUAAAAAUUACACCUUAUGAAGCCCCAGUUAAGUGGUUAAAUCUCAACUCUGCGUACAAAGGCUCCAGUCCUGGAAUCUAACAGACGUGGUUUAAAUGAGACCUGUGGCACUUAGACACUUCCUCCUCUAUUCACUGUUCUGUGGAUAAAGGCUCUAAAAGCUCCAACAUAACUUCUGAAAAUCAACAAAACUGUACGCUUUAUGUAAUAUCCACAAUCAGCAAUUCAACCACAAGUUUCCUUGAAAUUUGACUGAGUCAUGUGACUCACUCAGCAUGUGAGAAGCUCAGCUUUCCUGUAGUGUAGAGGAAAUCUGGUUCUUCCCCUGCUUCCUGCCUCUGCAGACACUCUGCACUGCGAAUGUGGACUGCUGACACAGCUUUCUUUGCUGCUGAAAGUGCUUUACUGGCAGCGAACUACAGUUUUCAGGAUAAAACCGUUUGCUUCGUAGACUUUCCUCUAUCUGUGGGAAUGGAAAUGAGCUUUUUUUCAGCCAGAUUUGCCCUUUGAUUGAAAAUUCCGUUAAGCAGCUUCCAAAUGUGGCCCCUUGAACUUUCAGUUUUAAUCCCAUUUGUGAUGAGAAAGUGUUUGUUGAAGGGAAGUGUUUUGAGCUCAGAAACCUCAGUGCAGACUUUUGGGUGGAAAGGUGAAGCAUGGUCCUGUCCUUCCAUGAGUUAAAUUUCUUUGUCUGAAUGUUUGUGCAGAUCGUGGAUGUGUUCAUGGAGUACAACCUGAUCCAGCAGUGCACCUCAUUCCUCCUGGAUGCUCUGAAGAACAACAGACCCUCAGAAGGACCCCUGCAGACUCGCCUGCUGGAGAUGAACCUCAUGCAUGCUCCACAGGUCCGCACACCUACUCUCAACUAAAGUAGAUCUAAUUGAUAAAGUGGAGCGUCCUUUCUUUUCUCACCUUUUUUGUUGCUUUUCCUCACUGCUGCAGGUUGCUGAUGCGAUUCUGGGCAACCAGAUGUUCACCAACUACGAUCGUGCUCACAUCGCUCAGCUGUGUGAGAAGGCCGGACUCCUGCAAAGAGCCCUGGAGCACUACACUGAUCUGUAUGACAUCAAGCGUGCUGUUGUGCACACACACCUGCUCAACCCAGAGGUGGGCUUUGGUUGCCUUUUGAGUGAACAGAAAUGGAAACUGGAUCCUGUUUUUGUGGUGUUUCUUUGAUUAUUGCAGAACACACAUUUGACUCUAAACAUUUCCUUGCUCCUCUUUUAGUGGCUGGUGAACUUCUUCGGCUCUCUGUCAGUGGAGGACUCUCUGGAGUGCCUCAGGGCCAUGCUGUCUGCCAACAUCCGCCAGAACCUGCAGAUCUGCGUCCAGGUGGCCUCAAAGUAUCACGAGCAGCUCACCACACAGGCUCUCACUGAGCUCUUUGAGUCCUUCAAGAGCUUUGAAGGUGAGAUAACAAACUCAGACCAGCACUCAGCUAAAUGUUUAUGUCUGUCCUAGGGAUGUCAGAUGUUAUAAAUCCUCUGUUGUUUUGUAGAAGUGCAACCUAACAAUAAAUCAACUUCGGUUUCAAACUCACUAGUUUCAGUGCCUAACCUAAAACCUCCCCUGUCAGUGAACUCAGAGAGUUGUCCUCCUGAUCGGUCAGAGAAGUAGACCAGAGCCGAGCAGGACGAUCAAUAGAUUGUAGAGAGCGACCCUGAGGUCACUGAGUUGAGCUAUUUCACUACCACAGAGCUAAUAUGGAGUGAGCCACUUGGAGGAACUUUUUUCCACCUUUUCAUGUCAGUUAUGUUCUUUCUGGACGCACCACUGGAUUAAGAGUGCUAACUGAAACACACCUGCACUUCCUUUAAGGCGUAGUUUAAGUGAUCAUUUUUCUCUGUUUCAGGUCUGUUCUACUUCUUGGGCUCUAUUGUGAACUUCAGUCAGGACCCCGAGGUUCACUUCAAGUACAUCCAGGCCGCCUGCAAGACAGGUCAGAUCAAAGAGGUGGAGAGGAUCUGCAGAGAGAGCAACUGCUAUGACCCUGAGCGUGUCAAGAACUUCCUCAAGGUAAAGCUGAAAUUGGAGAUGAGGAAUCAAACACCAAAAACCUUCUGCACCCCACUCCAAUCUCUCUCUCUGAAACACUCUGUUGACCUGGUCCUGAUCUACUUUAGCUUUUCUCAUUUUUUAAUCAUGACCAAAGACAUGAUAUUCAAGUGUCUCGCUUUUUUAAAUUGAUUUUUUUUUUUAAAGUCUAAUUUUAUUUUUAUUUACAUUCAUUUUCUUUGUUUCUAAGAUGCAUCAUGCAUUUUAAAGAUUUUAGCUUCAGUUCAUUCAUUAAAAAAACAUAACUAUCCCUAGAAAAUCCCAAGUAAUUUGACUGUUUUGGUUUAAAAUGUUCAGAGCAAAAAUCCUGACCGCGGCCAAUUAUCUUUUGUGCUUUUCCUCUUUUGUCUUUGGAAUGGCAGGACAUGUAUCAGGUAAAUUUAUCCUUUACAAAGGUGCAGGAUAUCUCCCUUUUUUGACUUUCACCCUCCCCCCUUUACUUAAGGCCCAGGAUUGAAACUGGGAUUUGUAUGGAGGUGUAUAACCUUAUAUACCACAGUUCCAUACACCCACCGGGGUGCAACCUUUGCUCUCUGAGCGCGCUGUAGCUCUAGUCACUCCGUGGUUGAGGUUGUUGGGGUGUUGUUCAGAUAUCUGAGGACAUUGAAGGUGUUUGUGUGUUCAGUGUGUAGUUCAUUCUAGGAGUCUGUAGUCAGUGCAGCAUGUUUCUGGAUGUUAUCAGUGAGGUGCACAAUCCCAGUUUGUUAAUCCUGUGUGAGUGUGGAUGACAGCAGUGUGUCACCAUACCAGUGUAACCAUUGUGGUAAAGAGGAGUAGUGCUCAGUGCUGUCCAGGGUUCACCUGAUCAUUGUUCAUACAGUAGGUAGAAGAGUUACUCUAUUAGAGGUCUCUGUCUUGUGAUUCUUCUGUGAAACACACUAAUAUGAAACCUGACAUCAUUGUUUAGUGACAAACCUUUUAUUUUUCCCUCUUUUAUAUCGUAUUAACUGUGGGAUUGUUUCACCACCAGAGGAAGGUUGACUGUAAAGAUUGAAAAUUAUAUUUUCAAUUUGAUACUCAGUGGCUCUGCUAAAUGUCUCACUUUUGUACACAGUUGUCCAAACAUCAACAGUUAGGGGUGUCAGUAUUUUGAUCUCCAAAAUCAAAAAGUCAAUCAAAAGGAGCUUUCGGUUUUGAUUGCUGAAAUGAAUCGAGGGAUUUCUCACCGUCAGUUUGUGUUGGACACUCAGUUAUCCAGCUGCAGCUCUAAAAUAGGUGAAAAUAUGACAUGAUUAUUCUAGUAUUUCCCUUUGUGGAGAAAAAAAAAGUCUUUUUGAGUUGGUGAGUGAACAAAGAUGCCUAAAAACGUUUGAAACCAUGAUGUAAACCAUGAGAUGAAGCCAUACAGUUACAACUUAACUGCAUGGCUUAAUGUAUGCAUCACGUCGCAGUAAACGAGCCAUGAGCUUACUGUAUCGUUGCAUCCCUGUCGUGUAUGUGUCAAAGCAUGCGUCUUUUGUGAGUAUAAAAAAGUUACAAAUACAAAGCCCAGUUUUCGGUGUUCAUUCACUGGAUAUAACAUGAACUUUUGGAUUCUUAAGAUUUAAUUUCCAUCAGUGCUAAAAUCAAUCCUUUGAGUUAAGAGUCUAAUUCUGAUUUUGGAGAAUCAUGACACCCCUAUCAACAAUACAGUCAUACCUGCAGCAGAGUGAGAAUAUAUUCAUGCAGAGGUAUGAGAUCAACCUUGUGGCCUGACAUUGUUGGUUUAUGUUUUGUGGCUUGUAUGGAAAUUGUUUUGUGUUUUAUUUUUAUUUAUUUUUUAUUCAACGGGACUUCUUUUCCCCCACUCUCUGUGACUGACAGGAAGCCAAACUCACCGACCAGCUGCCGCUAAUCAUCGUCUGUGACCGCUUCGACUUUGUCCAUGAUCUGGUGCUUUACCUGUACCGCAACAACCUGCAGAAGUACAUUGAGAUCUACGUCCAGAAGGUGAGGCUUGAAAGCCCAUCAUGACAGUUUUAAUGCAUCACUCUAUCACAGGGAGUAGCUAAUAAGAUGUGUCAUCUCAGGUGAACCCGAGCCGUCUGCCUGUUGUGGUUGGUGGACUCCUGGAUGUGGACUGCUCUGAGGAUGUGAUCAAGAGCCUGAUCCUGGUCGUCAGAGGGCAGUUCUCUACCGAUGAACUGGUGGCUGAGGUGGAAAAGAGAAACAGGUGCUGCACUGCUUUACCUACCUACAACUUUCUCCACACACCAGAGCAGUGCUCAAGUUUUUAAUCCUGCAAGUUCCUAGUGUAGUUUUAUUAGUUGGAAAACUUUGUUAACAGGCAGGAAAAUUGAAGUUAUCUGUGUGUAAGAUAAGUUGUGACGAGCUUUUAUUAGUGAAACAAUCAAAAUGAUGAAAAACUGCAUUUCACUGCGGUCGCCGUAACAGGCUCCAUCAGAACUCACUAUUAAAGUGCAAAACAGUCUUCACAAUAAGCCAAGCAGACAGGGUCAGGGAUAGACUACCUGACUCAUCGGCCAAGGUAGCAAGUAAAUGAAAAAAAUCAGCAGCUAAUUGUAAUUUUACACACUUGUUUUGGUAUGUUUCAUUGAGAUAUGAAGGUAUUAUGAGAAAUGCAAAAUCAAAGAGGAGGCCAGAGCUAGGGGUGGAUGAUAAAUUAUUGUUCACGAUUUAUAGUCAGAAAAAUCCUCCAUGAUAGAUAUUUGCCAUCUCAUGAUAAAUACAAUAAAUGCAAGUUGAUGACGUGAGCGCAAGCAACGGACUUGCAGCCAUAGCCCACACAGAGCAGAAUAACAAACAAACAUGGCUGAAGAUAAUGAAGAAGACGUUUCUGAGCAGCUCAUUACUGUACGAGGCUCCACUUGAGGGAUUUUAUUUCAAGAUGGGGGUUUAGAUUUGUUCAGUCAGGUAUGCCUGACAUCAGACAGUGGAUCUGCUGCUGUUCACUCUGUGCAACAAGAGUUUUCAACAAAUGUUGAAAAUGUUUUCACAUUUGAGAUUUGUUUGAUGUCAUUAGUUUACACAGUUAAAUAUUUCCUCCCUCUGCUCCUCCUUUACUCUGCUAAUCCAGUAAAGAACACUGCUGGAGUUUUGUUCAAAGACACAAUGUUCAGUUUCACAUGGAUGUGUAAAUGUUACUGUGAUGGUGAAGAGUGCAAAGAGUCCUGUUUUUGUGGAGUAACCAGACACUGACAUCUUUGCCCCCACAGACUGAAGCUGCUGCUUCCCUGGCUCGAGUCUCGUAUCCAUGAAGGCUGUGAGGAGCCCGCUACCCAUAAUGCUCUGGCCAAGAUCUACAUUGACAGCAACAACAACCCAGAGCGCUUCCUGAGGGAGAACCCGUACUACGACAGCCGUGUGGUGGGGAAGUACUGCGAGAAGAGAGACCCCCACCUGGCCUGUGUGGCUUAUGAGAGAGGACAGUGUGACCAGGAGCUGAUCAAUGUGAGGAGGACAUUUGAAACUUCGAUCCGUUUAUACAGCGUAAGAAGUGCUUUAAAUGAAAGGAGAAAAGGAGUUUUAAUUUGGUUCUUGUCCCCUCAGGUCUGCAAUGAGAACUCCCUGUUCAAGAGCCUGUCUCGCUACCUGGUGCGCCGCAAAGACCCCGACCUGUGGGCCAGUGUGCUGCUUGAGAGCAACCCCUUCAGACGACCACUUAUUGACCAGGUACAGUAUGACAUAAAAUUCCGAUCAUAUUUCAUACAUCUGUUCUGUGCACCUCUAAGCUGGUGUUUCUUUCCUCUCAGGUGGUUCAGACCGCCCUCUCUGAGACCCAGGACCCAGAAGAAGUGUCUGUCACAGUCAAGGCCUUCAUGACUGCAGACCUGCCCAACGAGCUCAUUGAGCUGCUGGAGAAGAUUGUGUUGGACAACUCUGUCUUCAGCGAGCACAGGUGGAGCACUGUGGAUGUUUUCUGUCUUCUCAUGAGUUUAAAAUCUACAGCGCCGUGCUUAUCAGUCGAUGUCUCUUCCUCUUUGUCACAGAAAUCUGCAGAACCUGCUCAUCCUCACAGCAAUCAAAGCCGACCGUACCCGUGUGAUGGAGUACAUCAGCAGGCUGGACAACUAUGACGCUCCUGACAUCGCUAACAUCGCCAUCAGCAAUGAGCUCUUCGAGGAGGCUUUCGCCAUCUUCAAGAAGUUUGACGUCAACACCUCUGCAGUGCAGGUCAGCCGCAAACUCUAAAACACUACGAGUAAUACUCCACCCACUAAAGAAGUGUUGACCAUCAAUAUUUUCUCCCCCCCAGGUGCUGAUUGAGCACAUUGGAAACCUGGACCGGGCCUAUGAGUUUGCAGAGCGCUGCAAUGAGCCAGCAGUGUGGAGCCAGCUGGCCAAGGCUCAGCUGCAGAAGGAGCUGGUCAAAGAGGCCAUCGACUCCUACAUCAAAGCUGACGACCCCUCUGCGUACAUGGAGGUGGUGCAGGCUGCUGAUAAGAGCGGUAAGGGGGAGAUCUGGAAAGGAAAGAUAAAAAACACCCAAUCAUCUCAAUUGAGGCUUUAGGGAUAAACCCCACUUAGGAUAUUUUUAGGUCAAAUCCGGUUUUAAUGUUGGAAAAAAAGGAUGAUCUAAAUGACUUUUUUUAAACUUAAUCAGUUCAGUAUCACAACAUUUUAUUAUACCAGCUGACAUGGUAUGGCAGCGUGAUCCUGUGAUGCCUGUAAGUUAAAAAAGCAAAGUGUAGAGGAGAGGGGAUACUGCCUGACUCAUUGUGAGCUGAUGAAACACAAGUGUUGUUAUUUGUUGGUCAGCUUUUAUUAAAAGUGAUCAAUACACGGGACACACUGCAGGCUCUGGUGUGGAGUUUGUUUUUUCUUGUUUGUCCUGCUGCCGGGCUGUUAGCCGAUAGUUAAAGCUGUUGUAGCAAGUCAUUUAUUAAAGUGCACAUUUCCACCAAUACGAGUGUUCUUUAAUCAAGUAUCAUUUUAUCUAGUAAUUGUUUCCACAUUUUUUUUAAAAUGUGUUUAUUCUUUUGGGUCUGCAAACAGGCUGUCCUGUAUCUACUGUAAAGAGUAAAGAGUGUUUUUUUUUUGUUGUUGUUUUUUUUUAACACUGCAGCUAAAUCUGUCCAUCUGUGUGUGUUUACUAGGUAACUGGGAGGACCUGGUCAAGUUCCUCCAGAUGGCCCGUAAGAAGGCCCGUGAGUCCUAUGUGGAGACUGAGCUCAUCUUCGCUUUGGCCAAAACCAACCGCCUGGCCGAGCUGGAGGAGUUCAUCAACGGACCAAACAACGCUCACAUCCAACAGGUCAGUUCCAGUCUCUGAUGAAACUUUGAGUAUAGCAUGUACAGUCUAAACUGUGAUAACUUGAACUUUUCUGGGUCUGCUCUGCAGGUCGGUGAUCGCUGCUACGAUGAGAAAAUGUAUGAAGCUGCUAAGCUGCUCUACAACAACGUCUCCAACUUUGGUCGUCUGGCUUCAACUCUGGUGCACCUCGGAGAGUACCAGGCCGCUGUGGACGGAGCCCGCAAGGCCAACAGCACCCGCACCUGGAAGGAGGUCUGCUUUGCCUGUGUAGAUGGGAAAGAGUUCAGACUGGCCCAGAUGUGCGGUCUGCACAUUGUCGUACACGCUGACGAGCUGGAGGAGCUGAUCAACUACUACCAGGUAAGAUGGAAAUCAAGACACAUUUCAGUUAAUGUGUUUUAAACAACCUUAAACUAAUUUCCUCAAAUCUCCACACUCAAUCUUCUCUCUCUGCUUUCCUCUCAGGAUCGCGGUUAUUUUGAGGAGCUGAUCACCAUGCUGGAGGCCGCCCUGGGUCUGGAGCGCGCUCACAUGGGCAUGUUCACCGAGCUGGCCAUCCUCUACUCCAAAUUCAAGCCACAGAAGAUGAGGGAGCAUCUGGAGCUCUUCUGGUCCAGAGUCAACAUCCCCAAGGUCCUGAGAGCAGCAGAGCAGGCUCACCUGUGGGCCGAGCUGGUCUUCCUGUACGACAAGUACGAGGAGUAUGACAACGCCAUCAUCACCAUGAUGAACCACCCAACAGACGCCUGGAAGGAGGGACAGUUCAAAGACAUCAUCACCAAGGUGCGGUUUGGUUUGAUUGUUUUCUUUUGAAUGUUUUUGGCUUUUUUAGGUUCAAGUCUUAAAGUCAGACUUUCAAUUGACUUUGUUUUUAUCCUAAAUUUAGUUUUUCACAUUUAUUUGAAAGAAUUUGCGGAGAACAUUAAUAAGUUGCUAGAGUACAGCAAAAUGAUUAUCCCUGCCAGGCCUCAAAUUGCACGCUGUAACCUGACUUAAUGCCUCUACCUCCUAAAUGAUUGUUUCUGUCUGAUUCUGUCUCCGGUGCAGGUGGCAAACGUGGAGCUGUACUACAAAGCCAUCCAGUUCUACCUGGAGUUCAAACCUUUGUUACUGAAUGAUUUGCUGAUUGUGCUCUCACCCAGACUGGACCACUCCCGCGCUGUCAACUUCUUCAGCAAGGUACAUUAAAGUCCCUCUAUAAUAAAGUAUAACCUGUGUUCUGGUAGGAUCUAAGUGCACCUCCAUCAGUUUAUAUGCAUUAUCAUUGAUUUAUGUUCAGUUCAAACAAUAGACCAGAGUGAACUGAUGUGAAUCUGUGACACGAUACUUGUCACAGGAACAGAAACUUUACAAGUUCCCAAAACUGAUACGAGCCGACACAGGCCAUUUUUUCAAAACAUGGUUUGACAUUCAACAGACACUCAAAAUCCCAUCUGGUUUUUACUCCUUUUUAAAGUAAACACUGAAACUAUUAAUGCAUUUACACCAAGUGCUUAAGUUUGGUUCAGCACUGUUUGGUAGAGUGAACUCUGAUCUUGCUUGCAUUUCCAGUGAACCACACAGGAAGUGUGUUGACUGCUUAAGAUCCAUUACAGCUCGAUUUGAUCAGUUUGAUGUGCGUAUUAACAGAAUAGACCGUUUAGAUUAGUGAGCAGCACAUCUCACCAAUUCACCUGUGUCGUGCACGGCAAAAAUCUAGAGAGCAGAAGUCUGAUUAGUUUCUGUGAUUUCAGCCCAAACAGACAGAAACAUGAUCAGCUGAAGGCUGUAUUUGCAAAGUAUCAGCUAUGUUUAUGUCACUUGUAGGACUGUCACAAUGUUAGAUAUUUACCUCACAAUUACAGUGGCAAUUUUCAAUAAUGGCAGUAGUGUGAUAUUUAUGGAUUUUUAAAAAAAUCAAUCAACAGAAUCACUCAAAUUGAGGAAAGGCAGGACAAGAGUGGAGUAACAAAUUACUUUACAAACUGAAACAAUUAUCGCAUUUAUCACGUCAUCAUCUGUUUCUAAUGAUAUCCAAAUUGAUGUUUAUCAUCAGUCCUGUGGCUAAAACUUCUUUGAAUAGAACUGUGCCCCAUGAAAUGAUUGUUUGUUGUGCUUUCUUGUGAUUUUAUGUGUGUGUGUGUGUGUGUGUGUGUGUGUUUACUGAAGUGGAGCACUAAGUGCAAACACAACUUGACAGCAUUGGUAGAUUUUCUUGACACCUUAACUUGUGACAUAAUUAUUGUACGUGUGUCCACAGGUGAAACAGCUGCCUCUGGUCAAACCCUACCUGCGGUCAGUUCAGAACCACAACAACAAAUCAGUCAAUGAAGCACUUAACAACCUCUUCAUCACAGAGGAGGACUAUCAGGUGAGUCAGGCCCCCAUGGUACCCUGUUAAACUUUCAUUUAGUAGUUGUCAUCAUUCUUUGACAGAAGAUGAUCUCUUCUCGCUCCGUUUAGGCACUGAGGACAUCAAUAGAUGCCUACGACAACUUUGACAACAUCUCACUGGCACAGCGCUUGGAGAAACACGAGCUGAUUGAGUUCAGGAGAAUCGCUGCUUACCUCUUUAAGGGCAACAACCGCUGGAAACAGAGUGUGGAGCUCUGCAAGAAGGACAAGCUCUACAAGGUGAACUAAACAUCGUACAAUCUCAUUCACAGAUUCUACAUAAAAGUUAAGACAUUUGAUGCAGGGGAUCGGACUCUGGUUAAGAAGAGUUUUCAUUUUUAGCGCAUUUGUAGUCCGAGUUCUUUAAUCCAACUAUUUACUGACAGGCUUUGUUGUAUCCAGGGAAAACAGUUGGUGCGGUGAGCAAAGCAGGCAGGACAUAAUCUGCAAUCUAUCCUACACCCCAUGUAUAAUGCUGGAACCACGAGUUUACAGCUCUAAAAGUUAACCACAGAAGCAGAAGUGGUUGCCAAAAGACAGCAGAUUGAUCCUGAUGUUAAACGUUGUACUAUACAGAUGAACUCAGACCUUCUCUGAACCGUGUCUCUGCUGUCCCCCUUCUAUAGGACGCCAUGCAGUACGCAUCAGAGUCAAAGGACACAGAGCUGGCCGAGGAGCUGCUGGCCUGGUUCCUGCAGGAGGACAAGAAGGAGUGUUUUGCCGCCUGCUUGUUCACCUGCUAUGACCUGCUGCGGCCUGAUGUGGUGCUGGAGACGGCCUGGAGACACAACAUCAUGGACUUUUCUAUGCCAUACUUCAUUCAGGUCAUGAGGGAGUACCUCAGCAAGGUGGGUCUGACUGAUAGGACUCGAAUGCUGAUAAAUAUUAGGCCUGUAUCUGUUACGUGAACAAUGAAAUUAGGUGAUAUGGGAACGUAGACAUCCUCUGCUUGUGUUAAAAAUACAUUCUGAAGAUUUGAAAUAGUCUCAAUAGUGAAAUCUCUCAAUGUUUUUCUCCUAUGCUGCAACUCUUCCCCUCCAGGUUGAUGCUAUUCAGGAACAGGUGAAAGCGAAACGCUCUGGUUUUAAUCUGAAAGUAUUAGCUUGAAAAAUGGCGGCCUUGAGUGUGCAUGGUUUCAGCUACGCUCACCUGGACACAGUCACUGAGACAUUUGUCAUGCUGACAGUGGAGUGGUUGAACAAAAUAACUCGCAGGGGAAAACUAAACUGUGGAUGUGUGUAGCAAAGACGGUUUUAUAGACCCCAACAAUAAGACAUUAACCUGGUCUUAUUAUGAGACGUUAACUGCAGGAUGCAAUUCAAAGAAGUCCGAGGAAAGGAAAGUAUUAAAGCUCCUGUGAGGGGUUUCAGCUGGUUUAAAACAACAACAGAAAUGAAUGGUGAAUACUAACUCCACCCACUGCAGGCAUAAACCGGUUUACUCUAACAAGACUUCAAAUCACUUCAAGUGUUUUUCCAAGCAUCUGUGAUUUCAGAUCAGAACAUUGCUAAAGCUCCGAUGGGGGGACAGCUGGUUUUUCAAUGUGAUUCAGCUGAACAGUAAGGGACAUGUUUAGAUUUGGGUUAAAACAAAGCAGCAAGAGUCAUUUUGUAAAAGACAAAAAAACACACGUAGAGGAUAAAGUCAGCACAAGCAAAAGGUUCCACUAUGGUCCACAUUGUGCCCCGAAACCAACACAAACCAGAAGUCACUUCCUGUAGCUUUAAAAUAAUUAUAGGUUUGUGGUUGAAGAAUAAACAGGGGAUUAAAUGCAGGGUUUGACAGUGCGACUGUUUCACUUGCAUUUGCGACUAAAAAUAGAUCUGUGCGAAUUGUAAAAUGUGUUUAGGGGCACAUGUGCGCAUGAAAAAAAUCAGCCGGCAACAAAUGUGUUUUCAUGUAAACACCGCAGUGAAGUUAGUUUUGGGUUAGAUAUCCGAUGGACAUUCACUGAGGAUCUUCCGGUGUCUUCUCACUCUCCAUAACCAGGAAUAGCAACAGCAGCGCGGUUAAAUCUACCCGGCACCCUCGCUGUCAACGUCGGGUGUUGAAUAAGGGACCAUCAACAAAUUAAUUACAAUUAAAUUACUAAUUAAUUACAUUAAUUAUCAAUAAAUUACAUCAAUACGUUGAUGUUCUCAAAAAAGGCUGUUUUCCUUCAAUAAAUACCAUGUCAUGUGACCAAAAGACUUCAAAUUCAUUGCAAAUAAUACUAUUUACAUUUUUAUUACUAUUUAUUUUUGUGUUAAAUGUAAAGGCAAAUUUUGAACAUAUUUUUCAAUAGCUACCAUGUCAUGUGACCAAAAGACUUCAAAUUGAUUUCAAAUAAUAGUACUUAAGUCAACUAAUAAGACGCACAUUAUUUGAUCAAUUUUCAUUGUGCCCCCAAAGUUCUUUGUGUGCUCCUUACUUUUUUAACUUAUGAGCACAUAUGAUCCUUGUGAAAAAAGUUUGUGUCACUGAUUUGAGGACACAGAAAUACAAAAUAGCAAAAUACACGCAGGAAAUUAAGUAAGACAAGAUUGUAACUAAACCAUUUAGACAUGAAGAUCAUCUAAACAGAAGAUGCAGGUUGUGCCAGUCGUUAGAAACACUCAUUUGCUAAAAAAUAAACAGCAAACAGAAGUGAAAUCAGAGGUUUACUCAGAAGGGUCUGUUUUGAGGAAGCACCUGAACUCUGUAGCUUGAGUCAAAGUGGAAAUAUUCUCUCUGAAGUUUUGCGUCUGUUGGUGUUGAAAGAGAGUUUAAAAAGUCAUUCUCUUUAGCUAGAUUUAAAGCACAUUUCAUCACAGAUGUAGACACUGACCGUCAUGACUGUAAGAUUCUUGGGGUUCAUGUGUUUGAGGUUUUCUCUGGUCAUCAUCAGACUAAUGCAUGCACAGUAACAUCUCUUACUGAUCCCCGGCAGCAGGCUGUUGGUUGUGCCUGGCUUCAUGUGAAAAAAAAAAGUUAAGCUGUGUGCAGCACUUUGUCUCAAACUCACUCCCCUCCUUCUCCUGCUCCCUUCACCUCCUCCUUCCCCCUCCUCCUCCUCCUCCUCCUCCUUCUUCCUCCCAAAUUGCAUCUCAGCCCUGCAGCCCGUCCCUCACUGCCAGUGGAGCAGCACUGAAAGCAUGGGACUGUUUCUGUUUUCAGAUUUCAGCUCAGUGGGAAUGAGUGCAGAGAACUUGAUUUAAGAAGCUUCUGUCUUUGUGGAGACGCAUGUGGGAGCGAAAAAGGAAAUAAAUGUUUGUAAGAUGAGGAGAUGAUCUGCUCAGCAUGCCUUCUUCUUUUUAUCUCUCGAUUUAACCUUCAUUCAGGUGCCACUGCUUUAAAACACAGACAUCCUUCUUACAUUUGGCUCAUUUACUCACGAGCUGAAGGGUUCAACUGAUCAAACAUGUAGUUUUUUAAUAGAAUUGAUAGAAUUUUAAUGUGGAAGAGGGGAGAAAAUACAAGUAUGAAAAGCUCAAGCUGAUUUUUAUUUAAUCACCUUGUUUUUAAACGUUUUUGUUGAAGGUAAAGUCUGGGUACGUUGUUAGCCUUACUCUAGUCUAAAUAGUUCACACAGACUGGUUAAUGAGCGUAUGCUGCAAAGAUUUGUUGUAACUUGUUUAUUAUGUCGCUGCCCUGUAGUUUGAUGUCUUCAUUAUGUCUCUGAAUGCUGUUAUUUCUUUGCCUUGCAGGUAGAUAAACUAGAAACCUCAGAGUCUCUAAGGAAAGAGGAGGAGCAGGCAACAGAGACGCAACCCAUCGUCUAUGGUAACAAUCCUUUUCAUUACACCGGUGUUUGUUUAUAUGUGGUUAUAAGCAGGCUGCUGUCCUGAGUGCUUUUUAGUCCUGGGAUAAAACAGACUUCCCUGAGGCCCCACACAACUUUGAAAAACAGAACUGUUUUCUAUGAUUUUCUUAUCAUAAACCUGCAGUUAAGUGUUUUUUAUCCACUCUGGGUCAGCAGGAACAAAUCAUGAACACAAUAUUGACAGGUCAUCAAUGCUGUAAACUUGAUAGUUUUCCAGGUGUUAAUUAUUCAGCUGUAAUCACAGUUGAUUACAGUCUGUCUGCUGUUAGCGCUGAGCAGCUGGUACACAGCAAGUGUUUAGAAACUUUUUACUUGUGAAAAUAGCUGACUGAUUUGACCAAAUUUGUGUAUACAGAGUCAUGAAUCAAAAACCAUUUUGUGUGAUAUAUUUGUUUGUACCCACCCAGCUGUAAAAGUCAUGAAUGAAAGUCAGGUUUUGGAGUAAACAUGCAUUUAACCCUAACAGAGACCUAACAUACUGUAUGUAAACUAGAUGGUAGUCUUCCAUCUUUGCUCUCUGGUGUAUAAGUGAACAUUGCACAGGUCAAGAUUAUGAUAGCAUUAUAUUCUUUUCUUACAGGCGCACCCCAGCUGAUGCUGACAGCGGGCCCCAGCGUACCCGUGGCCCCUCAGCAAGCUUACGGCUACGGCUACCAGGCGCCUGCAGGAUUCAGUCAGCCAGCAGCCCAGCCAGGCUUUGGCUACAGCAUGUAAAGACCCCCCACCUCCCCUCCUCCCUCCUCCCCAUCCAUCCCCUGUUUUCUCUGCACACGCAGGCUGGAGCUACCAUCCAUCCAUCUCCCACAGUCCUUCACCAGACCAUUGUUAUUGUCUCUGUCUGCCCCCUGCUGGCAGCAGAGGGUAUCACAGACAAACCUUAGAGUUUUUUUUUAACUUGAUAUUUCCUCUCUUGAAACUGUCAUGAAGGACUCAGUUUUUCUUUCUGUUUGUCAAAGAAAAAAAAAGCACCGCAAAGAUUAAUUUUCUCACAUUCCGUAUUGACUAGAUAAACUUUCUUUUUGUUUAUUUUAUUUGAAUGGGAAAUGGUUUAUGUACUAUGGGGGGCUUUUGUGGGAAGAGCUAGUCCUCCUCCCGGUUUAAAAAAGAAAACUUGGUCUGUUGUGAAGCAUCUGAUUUGCACUCUGUAGUGAGAAGAAUUAAUGUAGAACCUUUUUUUCCUUUUUGAUGUGUGUGAGCAGCUUCCUCUGUCCGACUGUAAAAUGCAUUGAAUUAUUGUAUAUUCAGACACAAAAGUAAUGCUAAUAUGUUCCUCUGUGUUUGAAGACGAGACUGCCGCCUCCAUGACCACAGUAAAUCCUGAAACACUACGUCUACGAACCUGUCAUGUGCCCACACAGACACACACACAGAUACACACAGAUACACACACUUCAGGGCUGUUUAUUGAAGUAAAUCAGAGAGUAUUUUACAUACGAUUAUCAGGAAAGUCUCCGUCUUUCCAGCUAAACCUAUGCAGGACUCUCCAAAUAAAUUCACCUGACAUUUCCAUGUGCUUUAAAUACGGCUCUUAACGUGGGACCAUUUCACCGCAGAGGGACUGCAGACCUGUUUGUGUUAAACUAACGUGCCCCCACCCCCGCCUGCUCUGCUCCUUCUUUCCCCCCUGCAGUUAGUUUCUGCUGUUUGGUCACUGUUCUUUAGUGUCGAGGGGAGAUUUUUCAGACUCUGCUCUCCUCCUCUGUGUCCUGUUCAAAGAUGUCUCAUAACCCCUUUCUCAGUUGACCCCGCUCACUCUCUCCACAAACACAGGACUCGUGGUAAUUUUGAAGUUUUUAUCAAAGGCUUGCGUGUAUACAGGAAUUCAAUCAUUAACUCCUUUGAACUUAUAUUCUUAUCUAAAUUACCUUAGAUUUAAAUUGUGCACUUAAAAUACUUGAUUGUGCAUAAUCUGGAUUAUAAUGAAUGAAACAGCGGUUUUGUUUUCCACUUAAAAAAAAUAAAUAAAGGCUUCUUGUUUGUCAAUAA